UUGUGUACAAUUUACCGCGCGGUUUGAUGAAGCGGAGUGUUUUUGCUCAAGAUUUCAGUAUAAAAUAACUAUUUCUGUGGAGUAUUUAUUCUUCGUAAUAGUAGCAACACUGGUGCAUUGGGAUUUGUCCGAAGAUUUGUUGCAUCACGCGCACGCGAAGCUCCAAGGAUACAAAACCGACGAUUGUGUGUUUACCGGCAGUAAACACAGGCACCGAAAUCAAAGAAGGCUUGUUAGUUUGUGCAACCAGUUCGACCAGUAGAAUCUACAGAAAUGAAGAUUGAAGAAGUGAAAAGUACGGUGAAAACCCAGCGAAUUGCCGCUCACAGCCACGUGAAGGGGCUGGGACUGGACGAGGCCGGAGUUCCGUUGCAGAUGGCAUCCGGGUUGGUUGGACAAAAGGAUGCCCGUGAAGCAGCCGGCGUUGUGGUGGAUCUGAUUAAGUCGAAGAAGAUGUCCGGAAGAGCGCUACUGCUUGCUGGACCACCAGGUACCGGCAAAACGGCUAUUGCGCUAGCCAUUGCACAGGAGCUCGGCAACAAGGUACCGUUCUGUCCGAUGGUCGGUUCGGAAGUGUUUAGUAGCGAGAUCAAAAAGACGGAAGUGUUGAUGGAAAACUUCCGCCGCUCGAUUGGGCUGCGUAUUCGCGAAACGAAGGAAGUUUACGAAGGGGAAGUUACAGAGCUAACACCGGUCGAGACGGAAAACCCGAUGGGCGGGUAUGGCAAGACGAUCAGCAACGUGGUGAUUGGAUUGAAAACGGCCAAAGGAACCAAACAGCUCAAGCUGGAUCCAAGCAUCUACGAAACAUUGCAGCGGGAAAAGGUCGAAGUAGGCGAUGUGAUUUACAUCGAGGCAAACAGUGGCGCUGUGAAGCGACAAGGACGCAGCGACAACUUCGCCACCGAGUUCGAUCUGGAAACGGAAGAGUAUGUGCCACUGCCGAAGGGUGAGGUGCACAAGAAAAAGGAAGUAGUGCAGGAUGUGACGCUGCACGAUCUGGACGCGGCCAAUGCACGUCCCCAGGGCGGCCAGGAUGUGCUUUCGAUCGUGGGUCAAAUGAUGAAACCGAAGAAGACGGAAAUCACGGACAAGUUGCGCACGGAGAUCAACAAAAUCGUGAACAAAUACAUCGACCAGGGUAUAGCGGAGCUGGUCCCGGGUGUGCUUUUCAUCGAUGAGGUACAUAUGCUCGAUCUGGAGUGUUUCACGUACUUGCACAAAUCACUCGAAUCGGCCAUCGCUCCGAUCGUUAUCUUUGCUACGAACCGGGGCCGCUGCGUAAUACGCGGUACGGACGAUAUCGUUUCUCCGCACGGCAUUCCACUGGAUCUGUUGGAUCGUUUGCUGAUCGUCCGUACUAAACCGUACAACACAGGCGAGAUGGAACAAAUUAUACGUCUGCGGGCACAAACCGAGGGUUUGAAUGUGGAGGAUACCGCCAUACAAGCGUUGAGUGAAAUCGGUUCGAAUACGACGCUCCGGUACGCUGUGCAGCUGAUGACUCCGGCCAACCAGACGAGCAAGGUGAAUGGGCGUACACAGAUCACCAAAGACGAUAUUAUGGACGUACAUUCCCUGUUUUUGGAUGCGAAGCGAUCGGCAAAGUUUUUGCAGGAAGAAAACACGAAGUAUAUGAAGUAAGGGGUCCCUAGAUGUAAUGCCCUGAUGAUGCAUACUGACACACACACUAAUCAGAUCAUAUGAUAUAAAUAAAACAACCGGACAGGAGUUCCGUACAAAGUAAAAUAA